UAAGAUUAGAAACGAGUUUGUUUUGGCAAUAAUUUAGUGGAGUAAAAAUAAGACAUACUGACUGAACUGAAUAGACGACCCAACUCUCAUUCGACUGAAAUGUCUAAACUACAGUUGUUGCGUUUGUUUUUAAAUGAGCGCUUAACGGCGGCUGCUGUGGAGAUUUUCGGGGCAGUUGAGAAAACGGUAGAGGAAUACCAGGAGGAGAACGAUCGGCUACGGAGACUGCUGCGGAAUCGAAUCACACCGGAGAUAAAACUAUGUAGAAUAGACUCCCUGCAGCUCUCUGUCUCUGAAGAGGAGGUUCCCCCUGAGCAGGAGUGGAGCCCCAGUCUGGGACAGGAGGACCCAGAGCCCACACAGAUGAAAGGGAAACAAGAGGAAAUUAGGACCAAUCAGGAGGCAGACCAGCUUCCAGGGCUGGAGGCUGAUGUCAUAGAGUUCAUUUUCACUCCUUCCUGUGUGAAAAGUGAAUGUGAUCUGGAGGACCCACUUUGGUCCUUGACUCUUCCCCAAACCAAGACUGUGGAGAACAGAGAGAGUCACUCUAAACCAGUGGAUCUGAAACCUUUUGGCACUGUGACCCAUAUUAAGGAUCUUCACAUUCCCUGUUUAUCGCCAUAUAAUCAAAGCAAUGCCUCCAGCCACAGUUCAGCCAUAAGCAGGGACCCAGUAGGACUUGACAGCAGCCCACCAUUGCAUCCUAAACCACCAUUGGAUCCAAACACGACAAUGGGGGAACACGGUUCCAAACCCAGCACCACGUCUAGAAAAACUCCCCACUGCCGUGACUGUGGUGAAACGUUUCCUCUGAAAGCUGACCUGCAGAGGCACGUGACUCUUACCAAGAAGAGACUCAGCGAAUGUCACUUCUCCAAUAAACAGUACAACUCCACCUGUAAACCGGAAGCCCAUGUCCAACUCUGUCACAUGGAGAAAUGCUGCACUUGCCCUAUUUGUGGCAUGACCUUCAAACACAAGGGAGAUCUGUCCAGGCACAUGGGUAUUCACACAGGAGAGAAACCAUUUAUCUGUGGUGUCUGUGGAAAAAGCUUCUAUCAGAAGAGACACCUUACAGAUCAUAAACGGACUCACACAGGAGAGAAACCAUUUAGCUGUGGUGACUGUGGGAAAAGCUUCAAUCUGAAGGGGAACCUAAGGAAGCAUAAACUGACUCACACAGGAGAGAAACCAUUUUGCUGUGGUGACUGUGGGAGAAGCUUCAGUCUCAAUAUGAACUUAACCAGGCAUAAACUGACUCACACAGGAGAGAAACCAUUUAGCUGUGGUGACUGCGGGAAAAGCUUUACUCAAAAGACUAACCUGCUGACGCAUGUGAAAAACAUCCACAAAGGAGGAAAGCAGGAUGAAAACUGAAAGAAAGAAAAUGAGGACAAAGAUGUUCUGUCAGAAGAUAGGAAUAACAGGCAGGAUGUGGACAACACUUUUAAGUAGGGCUGGUAUAUAC